CCGUUCGCGCAGCCCGAAGACAGGGGGAAAUGGACUCGGACAGCAGCAGCAGCAACAGCAGCAGCAGCAGCAGCAGCGGAGCGUCGGAUAAGUGUCAUGCUGGACCUUCAAAAGGCGGUAAAAGGUCAUCUCAAGGGACAAAAGCCAGCGGAGUGCAGUUGGAAAGCGGCAACUCCAAGAUCAAAGGAUACCCGUGCGGCGUGUGCGAAAAAGUCCUGGGCACCAAGCGAGCCAUGCGCAGGCACCUGCGCACGCACACGGGCGAAAAGCCCCAUUCGUGUCAAGUCUGCGGCCAGAAGUUCAUUCGGAAGGAAAACAUGCAGCGCCACGCUCGCAUGCACACGGGCGAAAAGCCCUGGAGGUGCAGCGUCUGCGGCCAGACGUUCACUCGGAAAGGCUUACUGACGACCCACACGCGGAGACACACGGGCGAGAGGCCCGUACGCCUGCACCUUGUGUCCGGCCACGUUCGCCAGCAGAUAUGCGCUGACGGUGCACAUCGCGACCCACAAGCGCAAGGCACCGUACGAGUGCCUCCUGUGCGGGAUGAAGUUCACCCACGGAGAGAGGGGGCAAUGGACUCGGACAGCAGCAGCAGUAGCAGCAGCAGCAGCGGAGCGUCUGAUAAGUGUCGUGCUGGACCUUCAAAAGGCUCGACCACGCCCCUUCGUGGUAAAAGGUCACCCAAAGGAAUAAAAGCCAGCGGAGCGCAGCUGCAAAGCAGGAACUCCAAGAUCAAGCGACACCAGUGCGCCGUGUGCGAAAAGGUACUCGGCACCUUGAGUGCCAUGCGCAGGCAUGAGCACACGCACACGGGCGAAAAGCCGCAUUCGUGCCAAGUCUGCGGGCGGAAGUUCGUUCGGAAAGAAAACAUGGAACGCCACGCGCGCACUCACACGGGCGAAAAACCCUGGAGGUGCAAGGUCUGCGGCCAGACAUUCACUCGGAAAGGCUUACUGACGACCCACACGCGGCGGCACACGGGCGAGAGGCCCUACGCCUGCACCUUGUGCCCGGCGACGUUCGCCAGCAGAUACGUGCUGACGGUGCACAUCGCGACCCACAAGCGCAAGGCACCGUACGAGUGCCUUCUGUGCGGGAUGAAGUUCACCGUCGGAGGGAAGUUUCUGGCACACGGACGUAAUCACACGGCCAAGAGACCCUACAAGUGCCACCUGUGUCCGGCCGAUUUCACGGGAAGGAACCAGCUGCAAAGUCACCUGGUCACUCACUCGAGUGAUAGGCCUCACCGGUGCGACAUGUGUCAAAAAGGUUUCAAGCGGCGCACUACACUCGUGAGUCAUUUGCGCCUAGUUCACGACGGUAAGAAGCCAUGACUAAAGUGCGACACCUUAGGCACGCCUUCCCCGUUUGUGAGUCCGUGCGAUUGACCAAAUGCAUGUGUCCUUUUAAAAAGCAUUUGGCUAGAAAGUGGACUUCCGAGACAACACUCACAUUGUUGCAAACUGAAGUAUGUGCUGGAAAUAAACCAUUGUAUAAGAAAUCUAUAUCGCUGCGCGACUUGUGCUAGAGAUUCUGUUUUCACGAGGAAGGCGUAUGAUAUCGACCGUA